AGCAGCAGAGCAAGAACUAAAUACAGAAGCUAUCGAGCUGCCAGCCAUAUAACUCCACUAGAGCAAGUUAUAUGCUACAGACACACACAAUAUGCACUUGUUUGUAGAGGAGAAAAGAUGUUGCAUUUCAUUUUGUGGAAUAUGCAGAUACCUGGAGAUCUAAGACUGCUAGAGGAGAGUUUAAAAGGGUUGCAGUGGAAUGAGAGGUUUGCAUGCUGACCCACAUUGGCCCCCACACGGAUCCCUGGGUAUCCCCUAAAUCUUUAGCACAUGCAGUGCUAAUUCGGAUCUUACACCCAAUCAGGACGUAUAGUAGGUGACUCGAUGCCCUCGUGGGAAGUGGGAGGAACAGGAAUGAGUAUUUCAGAGGUAUUUGAGACAGGCGAUGAUGCUCAUCAUUUUAUGGAGCGGACACAGAAGCAGCGUUGCUUGUCGGCAGUGGAGCAGCGGCUUCCUAGUGAGGCAGAUGAACUAGAAGAGGAACAGGACAGAUUUUUUGGGGUUCCUCUGAGGAGGUCCUGUCGGCUCAGAUCCUCUAUUCUAUCUCUGGAUUCAUUCCGCCGGCACAGCUGGGAACCAGGGAAGAGGCUUCAAGAAGCAGAGGCCGAAUAUGAACAAUUAAGCAUCAGCUUAAGGGGCUUAGACUCAGAAGACAUAGAAGGAGACAUGGGGAACCAGAGGGACCCCCGCCGAACUCCCAUAAUCCGUAGCACAGAUGAGCUGGAGUCCUUGCUGUCCCUGCGUGGGGAGGAUCUAGAAGUCACUCAAGAGGAACAUGCCAAGAGGCUCCAGGCCUAUCUGUCCUCACAGUCUUUCAAGUACAAUCCCAUGUCGAAAUCUGUCUCCAUGACUAACAUUGACCAAGUGUACUGCUUCCCAGAUGAUGUGGCCCUGUACUCACACGCAAGACACCUGCCGAAUGGACUGAGCGCUAUAAGCUGUGGAGAGAUUGAUGCUCUGGAGACGGAUGAGAAGGAGAACAGAGACAGAGAAGAGACACCUUUAGGCCGGACUCUAAGCUUCAUCAAGAAAAUGGCUGGGGGCAAGUCCAAGAACAAAGAGAAAGAGAAGAUGAAGGAACGAGAGAAGGAAGCAAAGGAGAAAGACACACGUUAUACUAAUGGGCACCUCUUCACCACCAUCACCAUCUCGGGUACCACCAUGUGCUUUGUGUGUAAUAAGAGUAUCACUGCCAAGGAGGCCCUCAUCUGCCCCACAUGUAAUGUUACAAUACACAACCGAUGUAAAGAUGCUCUGCCCAACUGCACAAAGGUCAAGCAAAAGCAACAAAAAGCUGCUUUUCUGAAAAAUAACUCCGCCCUACAAAAUGUCUCUUUGAGGAACAAAACCACUACAUUAAGGGAGCGUCCAAACUCAGCCAUAUACCCCUCAGACAGCCUACGGCAUUCUAUUCUGGGAUCUCGCAGGGGACGUCCUUCACUGUCCCUGUCCAAAAGUGUGUCCACUACAAACAUUGCAGGGAACCUAAAUGAUGAAAGCCCUCUGGGAAUUCGCAGGAUCCUCUCUCAGUCUACUGACUCUCUGAAUAUGAGAAACAGAACGUUAUCUGUGGAGUCACUAAUUGAUGAAGGAUCUGAGGUCUACAAUCAGCUGAUGAGCGAUUUUGCAAAUGAUGAGAAGGAGUUUGAGGCAGAUUCAUGGAGUCUGGCUGUGGAUAACAAUUAUCUCCAGCAACACAAGAAGGAUGUGAUGAAACGCCAGGAUGUGAUAUAUGAACUGAUCCAGACAGAGGUUCACCAUGUGCGCACCCUGAAGAUUAUGACAAACAUGUUCCGGAAGGGGAUGCUGGAAGACCUUCAAAUGGAUCCUGCUUUGGUGCAGAAUAUGUUCCCUUCUGUAGAUGAGCUCAGUGAUAUUCAUGUUCGCUUUCUCAUUCAGCUCCUUGAGAGGCGUAAAGACUCACUGGCGUCCGACAGUAACAAGAACUUUGUCAUCAAUAAACUUGGGGACAUUCUCAUCAACCAGUUCUCUGGUUCAAAUGCUGAACACUUGAAAAAAGCUUAUUUUGAGUUCUGCAGUCAGCAUCACAAAGCCAUGAAACUCUACAAAGAGCUUUUCUCCAGGGACAAAAAAUUCCAGCAAAUGAUCCGGAAGAUGACUCGGUCCACCUUACUGCGCAGACAUGGAGUGCAGGAGUGUAUCCUCCUUGUUACACAGAGAAUUACAAAAUAUCCAGUCCUCAUUGAUCGCAUAUUGCAGAACUCAAAAGGUGAUGAAGAGGAGUAUCAAGACUUAGCUACAGCCCUGUCUCUUAUCAAAGAGCUCAUCACAUCCAUAGACCAGGAGGUUUACAACUGUGAAAAGAACCUGCGUCUGCAGGAAAUCUACCAGAAAGUGGACAGUAAAUCCACAGCAAAUGUGCUCGGCAAAUGGUGCUUUGGCAAAGAAGAGAUGCUACGGAGGAAGCUCAUUCAUGAUGGAACCCUGCUGUGGAAGACAUCAGCAGGACGCUUUAAAGAUAUCCUGAUGCUAUUAAUGACUGAUGUCCUGAUCCUUCUCCAAGAAAAGGACCAGAAGUACUUCUUCCCCACACUGGACAAGCCAGCAGUGAUCUCCUUGCAGAAUCUGAUUGUCCGUGACAUUGCAAACCAAGAGAAGGGCAUGUUUCUGAUAAGUGCAAAGCCCCCAGAGAUGUACGAGGUGCACGCUGCCUCCAAAGAGGAACGUAACACAUGGAUGAAGAUCAUUGCACAGUCAGUCCAAGUAUGUCCCAAAAGAGAGGAUUUUCCAUUGAUUGAGACUGAAGUGGAGACCAAACAGAGGAAGCUAAAAGAGGUCAUCCAGCAAAAAGACAGAGAAGUGAUUGAGCUCCUGGAAGAAAAAGUGAAUCUCUUUUCCAAAAUGGUCCAACUGCAAGUUGGUGAGGAAUCCUCUGGAUUUUCAGUGAACACCCGCAGCCUCUUCAGGACAGACUCAACAGACAGCUACCGUGGGGAGAAACUGAUCAAUGAAGUCAUUAAAGAGGUGGAAGCAUUAAAAGACCUGAUUCUGGGGACAGGAACAGAGAUCCUGUUUGCUCGGACGGAACAAAACAACUCAUCUGACUCUUGCAAUACUGUAAAUACCCAGCCCAAUGAUACCAUAAAUGGGGACACAAGCAGCGUCAAUGGGUCUUUGGAGCCGAGCAAAGAAGAAGAUACUAAUCACAAGGAUCGCAAUGGAAAUCAGUUGCAGCAUAAAAGCCCUCAAGAGGAGGCAGCGCAGAAGCUUGUCAGCAUAUACAGCUUGCUACAUGGCUUGCAGGCCCUGGUUGCUCAGCAGGAUACAAUGAUAGAGCUUCAACUACAAGAUGGCAGUGAAAAGAAAGAGCGUCUUUCACGUACAAACUCACGGGAUACAGCCCUACCUGAUCACCUGUCUAAGAGCAUAGACAAGCAAGGCACAGAACUGACCCUUCUCCAGCGCCAGCACACCCUACUUCAGGAAGAACUUCGCAGGUGCAGGAGGCAAUGCGAGGAGAGAGCGCAGGAGGCUGGAAUGCUGGAAACCAAGCUCAGAGAAAGCGAGCAGACUAGGCUUAAGCUGGAACAAGAGGUGGAGGAAGAGAAAAAACAGACAGCUCAACUACAGAGAGAGAAGAGCAAUGUAGGAAUAGAGGCCAUUAGGAUACCAAGGAUGACAGACCCACGUAGAAGGAGCUUGCCUGCAGGAGAUGCCCUGUAUCAGACCUUUACUCCACCUCAGCUACAGCAAGACCGGAGGUUCUCUUCUCUGGAUGGCCCAAUUCCCACCAUUUCCUUCUAUGAAGAUGUUGAUAACCAGAAAGAUGACCUCAGCGAUCUGACAGCACUAGAGAGACUGCCAGAGACGGUAGAUACAGAGUCUUCAGAAGAGGAGGGAGGGGGUCCACCAACCUCACCAUCUAGCACGCGAGAUUUCCAGAGGAUGCAGGACAUUCCUGAAGAAGCAGAGAGCUCGCAAGACCUAAAGGAUGCAGAGCAGGGUUCAUCAGAGAGCUAACAGACGCAGAAGCAAAAAACAAACAAAACAAAGUAAACUUCACAAAGGACGCGCUGCUCUCUGAGGCAUUUCUCGCGGGGAGCAGUGAGACGACAGAUGAGAGUAACUGCACUGUUAGGGGUGACCCCCCCAUAAGCAAUGUGCCGAUGUGUGGAAUGUUGUGAUACCUUGUAUUGGACUUUUAUAGGACCAACAGGGACAGAGCUGCAUGUGAGGGCUAGACAUAUAUAAUGUAUGUGCAGGUUUUAAAUCAGAGUUCCAUGCACACAUCUAAACCUUGACCACUUAUAUGUGAUAUUUCUUAUCUAAUUAACUUUUGUAUGAACAUAGUACUUUUUAAAUGCCCCAAAAGUCUUGUGUAAGUAACACAAUCUGCAGGGUAGCAGCUUUAGUUUGGCAUUAAAUAUAUCAAUUUCACUACCAGAGGGCUCUGCGGCAAUUUUUAAAUGUACCAUAACUAAGGAUAAAAGAACAGACUUAUUGAAGUUAAGUAAGAGAAAACUGCUUAUUCCAUUACAAGACCAACAUUUGUUUUUCUUUGGAAAUAGCACAUCUGUCAGUGCAGACGUCAAUGAUUUUUGUGUUGCCGUCUCCUUUGAUAGCUGACGUUUUGAAAUACAUUUAAGAAUGAACAGUCUACUUGAUUCCUUUAUUGUUUAAAAAGAUAAUGCCUUUACUACUCAUUCUCCAGCUUGACUUAACCAGCAUUGUUAUAUUAAUAUACUUUAUAACCUCUAAGCUUGCCUGUUUCUAUGCCCCAACAGGUCGCACCUUAUCUCAGUGCAUUUUAAGUCUUGCACAACAGCUAGACAAAGUUACUUCAUAUGUAUCAAUGGUUAUGCAAGAACCAGCAUUGAUUGGCUAAAAUGCAAGACUGUAAAAAGCACAUAAGGGGGGGUCUGCAGUGACUUAGAUACAAGUAAUCACAGAGGUUAAAAACAGUGUUGGUUAUGCACAGCUGGGGAAUGGGUAAUAAAGGGAUUAUCUUUUUAAGCAAUAACAAUUUGCAUGUAGGCUGUCCCUUUAAUGCUUGAAACUAUUUAACUCCUUGAUGCCCAAGACUCAAGAUCUCUCCCGUUCAAAUCCAUACAUUGGCAUGCUCCACAACUUCCUGGAAGACGGGUGUUCUGCUGCUCAGUUCCUGCCCCCACCCCCUUUUAUUUAUUAUUUUUUUUAAAGACAAAAAUUAAUUAAGUUAUUUUUUUUAUAUCAAAUCAUGAGACUGGAGCCCUAACCCCAUUUUCCAGCUCCAUCUCUCCAGUGGCAAAUUUCACUUGGUAUUAUAUAAUCGACAUGGUGCAUUUUAAUUAUGACUGUUAAUCUGCAUUGGACAGAAAAGCUGCUUGAUUCACUGUUUUAAACGGCAAGCUGUUGAGCUAGUAAUCCAGUCAAUUCAUCUUCUAUAAGAAUCCAGUUUUAUAGGGCUUCAAAACAGACUUCCACUGAUCACACAUUUAUUUUGCAAUAAUGAAUUACUCGCUGCAUAAUUAUUUUAAACCGUUCAUCAGUUAUCAACUACAGGAAAAUGUAACAAGUUACACAGAUGUCAUUUAACUUAGAAAUUACAUCUUUGUCAUUUUGUAGCAUAAGGCGCUGCAGUAAAAUCCGUUCACUUGGUUUAUAGUUAAUCCACACAGUCUAAUGUUAAUACACAAAAUUUAGGGAACAGUAUACGGUGGUAUUGCCAUUACUAAUAUUUGGUUGUACAUUUUCUUUUUAUUGUGUGUUUAAAAGCAGUUUUGCAGGUUGAUUUCUAUUGUCAUUGCAUGCAAUAUAUCAUCUAAAAAAUCUAAAUAAUAUGUAUAUUUACUGGCAAAUAAAAACCCUACUUAUUUACAGAAGAUCAGAUAAUCUUGUCCAAACAAAUAUUAGUUUUUUUCUUUCCAAAUAAUGCCUAAUACUCUUACAGAAAAUAAAUGGAACAUUUCUUGUUAUACCAGCACCUAUCAGUCAUUCCCAUUACAGAACGGAAUCUCUCUUUACCUGGUACCCCAGAUAAGGUUGUGUUCAUCCUUUGUAUAGCAGCCAAAGGUGUUAGGUUUUUCAGAAGACCAUAUUCUAGGAUAAUUAAGAUUGUUAAACCCAAUCCUUAGAUGAAAUACAGGAUCUUUUACUCCUUAACCUUGCAAGACUGCUUUACACUAACUGCAAUGUUAUAUCUGUUGAGGGACCUUAUUCUGCUACUUUUUUUAACACUCCACCUUCUUACUGUAUGUCCUAUUUAUAUUUUGUACGAAAAUUCUUUUGUAAAUAUUUGCUGAUCUCUGGCCGUAAAGUCCUGUUUGAUAAAAGUGCUUUUUUAUGGAAUUGCUCGUUUUUAUUCUAAAAAUGUUUUUUGCACCUGUAAAUUGUUUAUUUUACGUGAGAACACAGUUUGGAUAAUAAUCUAAUGAUAACUGGAUUGGAGAACCCCUCAAUAUCAUUGUAUUAAAGCAAUGAAUAAUUUGCUUGUGUACUGUAUUUUCAGAACAUCAGAACCAGGAUAUAUAAAUAACAGGUUGUUUGUCUGUGUAUAUAAUAUAUAUAAAUAUAUAGUUCUGUAAAUAGUCUGAAAAAAUACUGUAUGAAAUUAAAUUCAUUUUUUUUUUUCUGGAACAAGUUAAAAAAAAAUACAGCCUUAUUUUUGCUUGCUGGUCAAUAAAAUGUAUUGAUACUGCAA